AUGUACUCAAAGGCCCUCGUCCAUAUAUAUUGGGCUGUGGGCAUUAGCGGGCACAUGUCACUUUGGUAUCCUGGACCGCUCGGAGGCGCCAAAAAGGCCAACGCGAUGUCUACGUACGUGAAUCGCGAGCUCAACUUCCCUCUAGGAUGCUGUGACAAGGACGGCCAGGCUACCUUGCCAAACCCAGGCGUCUGUCGGGGCCACCUUGACCUGUUCGACAAGCAGGAGCCGCAAGUGGUGCGACAAGCCGGCCAGGAUGCUUACUUCCAGCUUUCCGACCAUACGUACACAGCGGGCGCGCCGGGCUCCACACCCUACGGAGGCAGCUGCCAGGUAGUAAUGCGAUGA